AUGACAUAUAUAAAUCGAACCCGGAUUAACGGUGGCCUCUUCUCGGACGUUUACAGGGCCAAAGACAGCAGAUCAAACGGGGUGGUGGCCCUCAAGAUCGCUGACCCGGACCUUGAGCAACUACCGCACAACUGCCGAAACGAGGUUAAAAUCCUCAAAUCUCUCGAGCCCCAUGCUGAGGCCAACCACCUUGUCCGUUUGCUCGACAGCUUUACCCUGGGAGAUGAUAUCGUGAUGGUGUUCCCCCUUUUACCCUACGACUUGAAGGACGUGAUAAGCCACAAUUCGCGCGCCUAUAUGCCGCCGAGCUUCUACCAUCCGGUACCAUCUGAAGAGUCGGGGGUUCCCACACGGAAGAAUAAAAUGACUGAAUCGCGGGCCGCUGAGAUUGUCACCACCCUUCUAAGCAGCUUGGCCUUCUUGCACGCCCGGGGCGUUAUUCACCGCGAUAUCAAGCCAGCCAACAUUUUGUUUUCUACUCUAGAUGGAUUACCGAUCUUGGGUGAUUUCGGAAUUGUCUGGGCUCCGGAGCUCGACGUGGAGCCGCCGCGAGAAAAAAUCUGUGACGUCUCCACGGGGGUGUACCGUGCUCCGGAGCUUUUGUUCAGCGUGCGAGAGUAUACCGAGAAAAUCGAUAUCUGGUCGCUAGGGGUGCUUUUGACGGUGUUGUACUCGCUGGACUGUCAGCCAGUGUUCAGAGAUGCCGCCCGUCAUAGUGAUUUGGCGCUCAUGGCUUCGAUUUUUGAAGUGUUUGGAACCGCGGGUUUAGGAAGCUGGAGGGAAGUGCAGGAAAAGGAGGCCUUCCAGGCCAUGAACUUUAUUGAAAGGCCCGCGUUGGAGGUGAAGAAAAUCUUGCCCAGGGCGGACGACACGGUGUGUGCGGUGUUCUCAAAAAUGAUGGUGUAUCAAUCUACCGAGCGGAUUUCGGCGAAUGAGGCGCUUCAAAUGUUAGCGCUGUUCUCGGGGGGUAUCCGCCAAGAAGUGGGAUAG